UAUGGAGUUUGACUAAAUUCUGCUUCAUGUCUUUUUUAUUCUUGACAGAGGAAAUGUAUUCCAGUUUCCAAAUUCAGAAAAGAACGAGCCUGUGUCUGUAGGUGAAACAUGUGAGCAGAGCAUAGGUUUCCAAAACAUGCCAGAAGAGUCAAUUCAAGAGCUCUCCUGUGAUCAGGACAUGGAUGUCAUGGAAACAGAAGCCUCCCAGGAGGAAAGAGACUUGCAUGUUCAAGCAAAAGAGAGAAACCAGCUUGAAGAAGUUGUUGAGCCCAAAUCAUCUAAGCAACAAGCAAAUGAGGAGUGCACAUCACCAGGUCAUAGAGAUAAAGAAGUUCAGACGGUUAGUGAUGUAAAACGUACAUCAUCUGUUGUGUCAUCAUCUACCCAGACCGACAUGAUGUCCAGCCUACGUUUUGAGAAAACUGGAAGUGAUGCUAGACAAAGAAACCUGAAAGCCGAUGCUAACAAGCCGACUGAGAAGGACCAUGAGAAAUCAAAACAAGGAGAUGACACGGAAUCCGUUCACAGCCAGGUAGGUCAUGGUCUGUGGAUAUUUUUAUAUUUUUGCCAACUUUAUAGUCUGUUAAUUGCAAACAUACAAAUACGUUUCAUUGACUUGACGAUUCAUAUACAAUUGUAUUUUAAACUAGAAAAGCUACAAUUUCUGGGGAAAUUGUGUGAAGUGUUCUUGCCUCCACCAGUAGUCUACAACUGGAGUGGGCGGAGUAACUGUGGAAAGGUUGGAGUGUGGUUCACUCACUCUACAGCAAGGGCAGAGAAGAGCUUUCAAAUCUUUCAAAUCCCUCGAACAUUCCACCAACUGCCAACAGGAACUAAUAGAUUACAAAUAGGGCAGAGAAGAGCGGUUAAAAACAAACUGCUCCAAAUUGCUCAAUAAGAAUAAUAAUAUAUAUGUGAGAUAAUAGUAAGUGGCCUUGCCAUGUAGGGAUAUAAAUGUACCAAUUUAUAUCAAAACGUUCAGCUAUCCCUGCUGCCACUGCAAUGUUUUGUACAAAUCGGUCAAUAAUUCCUGUAUAAUUCCUGUAUAACGAAGUACUCACUUUAUUAAUACAUACAUAGCAGGAUCUUCAUAUUGCAGCCUUGUUACACAAGGUUUCUGCAGCUGCCAUUUCAAAUCCCUCCAACAUUCCACCAACUGCCAACAGGAACUAAUAGAUUUCAAAUAGGGCAGAGAAGAGCGGUUAAAAACAAACUGCUCCAAAUUGCUCACUUCACUGGCGGUUGCCAUCUUCAAACGGUCUUAUUUUAAAAACUAUAAAUCCUACAGCGAAGAGCUCUAUAUUGUGAGAAUCCCAAGACCCAGACCUACAUUAUGAUGCAUAGUAUGUCUCUGAAAUAGUAAAAAUGAAGGCACAGUCGCAGUUUAGAAAUUGCCAUUCAAAUUUGAGCUGGCUAGAGUGGAGUUUCAAUGAAUGUCAAUGGAUGGUGUGAGUUGCAAACAAAUGGUCAUAUUGUGAAAACUAUCAGGACUAUGGCCUAGCCGUGGACGUUUAGUGGCAGCAAGGAUAGCUGAACGUUUUGAUAUAAGAUUUGUGUAGGUGGGCCUGAAAAUAAGGGAGUGGUGGCAGUUUAGAAAUCAUGUCCUGAUUUUUCAGCUUUUGCCAGCUCCCACUCUCGUUUUGAACAUUUUGCCACAAAAUCGACGAUAUUUUGUGAACCAUUCGGCGAAACGUUCCACAAAGUAAUAGCAAUCCAAUUGGGAACAAUCCGCACGUUUAGGUAUAUUACUGUCUAUGUAGUGUAAAAACUGUGGGAGGAGUUAGGGUGGUAAAUUUGGCUAUAAUAAGAAUAAGAACUAGAAAAGCUACAAUUUCUGGGGAAAUUGUGUGAAGUGUUCUUGCCUCCACCAGUAGUCUACAACUAGGGAUCGAGCGAUUAUCGGUUUUACCGAUAUUAUCAGACGAUAUUCGGUAUUUUUGGCAGUAUAUGUAUUGGUCACUAAAGAUACCGAUAUUGAUAGAGUGAGGAAUGCAUUUCAACUUUUAUUUAUAUAGCACAUUUAAUUGCCCAAAGUGCUUCAUAGUUACAUUAAAACAUACAUUUAGAAAAACAUUAGCAGGUGUACAAAAGGCCCGGUCUAUGACAUCACUUGCUGCUGCAGCCUGGCACAGGUCAGAGUAUUUUGGCGGUUGCCAACUUCAAACGGUCGUAUUUUAAAAACUAUAAAUACUACAGCGAAGAGCUUUAUAUUGUGGGAAUCACAAGACCCAGACCUACAUUUAUAUAUUACGGUCUAUGUAGUGUAAAAACUGUGGGAGGAGUUAGGGUGGUAAAUUUGGCUAUAAUAAUAUAUAUGUGAGAUAACAUUAAUUGGUCUUGCUAUGCAAGAACACUUAAGUGUUGGCUGGCAAAUUACGGGUUAUUUAUUCAUCUGUUUGUUGGCAAAAGUAGUUGUUUUUUUGCAAUAUGGCUACAUCAGAGCUGAGAAUAGAUUAGAAAUAGAUGUGUUGUUGCAAUAAUGUUUCACCUGUGUAUGAGAAACUCCACAAAGACAGACCGGAGGGAACUUGUUGUUUUCUCGAGAGUGUAGCAGCUUUCACUGGUAGCAGUUCAAAAAAAAAAAUCCAUGUAACUGUGCAGGUCAUUCACAGUAUAAAACACCUAAUUUGUUGCCCUGGUGUUUAACUGCACCUCCAUAAUAGAAACAUUUUAAGUAGUCUUGAUAUUGUGUUUUUUUCCCAUAUAGCUUAUUUAGUUAAUGUAUCCUUAGUAUAUGUUUCGUUUUGUGCUCAUCUUUACUUUGUAGAGCAGGUGUAGGUUCUAAAAUGUCUCCUUCAAAACAUUCAGAAAGUGUAACAAAUUAAUUGUAUACUAAUUUAUGCCCCUUAAGCAAGUAAUAAAAUAUAGAGCAAUAAGUCAUUGAUAAAUGUAAAAUUGGAUUUCCCGCCGGGCAAUUUUUAAAAACUUCUAUUUGUAAUUCUUUAUUUUUGUUGUGCAUGGAUGGUACAAGACAUCAUUUUUAGUUGUGGUUAGUACACCUUACUAAUUUUACUAAAAAAUUAUAUAUUUUUUACUCUUUCUAAAAUAUAAAUUCAGCUAAAUUGUGAUAUUGGUUUAAGUGUAUUUUUACAUGUAUGCGUGUGUAUAUAUAACGGUUUUAUUUCUAUUGUAGGAAGAGGAGGACUUUGAAUUAAAUCAUCCAAAGCCAGCACGCCAUCUCCAACGCCACGUGCGCACAAUCCGUGAAGUGCGUACUGUUGUCACAAGAGUUAUUACUGAUGUUUAUUACAUGGAUGGAGCAGAGGUGGAGCGAAAGGUAGUGGAGGUUAGUGUACUUAUGAUUUGAAAAUCUCAAACAAAUAAUUAAAUUUAGAAAAUUGUGUUAUAAAUCCUAUUCUACCACAAUAAAAGGGGAAAGUCAACAUCCAUUAAAAACAAAUUUCUAGAAUCACAAAGAUUCUGUGUGAGUGAUUCUGCAUUUUUUUUUUUUUUUUUAUUCUUUAUUUUUGUGGUGCAAAUAUUCAACACUUGUUCUUGUAAUGCCCCAACAGCAGUAACAAGAACUGUAAGAUACACAUUUUAACAGGGUCGAAGUACAUGCGAUUACUGCACACAUUUUUUUAGUGAAGUAAGUUUUCAGGCUAGUCAAAUCUGUCUGAGUUAGAAAUAAAACAAAUUAGGUAUUCAAUAAUAGCUAUCCAGACAUAGACAAAUGAUGAGAAACUGGGUUAUUCAACAUGUUAUAAGACAGGAGUAUGGGUACGAAAAAUUGGCAGUGUAGGUGUGGGAAUUCCGUAGGCUCUAGAGUGUCAGGCAGGCCUCUGAUUUUGAUAUUUUUCCAACGCCUCUUAUCUACUGAUACCCCAGUAAUUUCUUCCCGGAACCGCCCGAUAUCGGCCGCUAUGUUCCGGCGGAGCUCAUCCAGGAGGCUCUGCAAUGUGUCCUCUGUGAUUGGAGGCUUUGCCGCUGGCGUGGGCCUCGGGGGCACGGGUCUAGUAGGUACUCUAUUGUCAUAGUCCUCCCCGUCUGCUGAGAUCUCGUCGCUGGAUGUGAGCCCAUCUGACAAUGGCGCCAUUUCAGGCCUUCCGGUGGAUUGCGGCCUUCUCAGGAGCUCACCAAUGUCAGCUGUUUGUAUUUCUUAUUACUACGCCCCAUGCCUUCAAAUCCAAAUUGUAAGAUGGCACUUCACAGUACACUAGAAGGGGUGUAAAAUACAGACUUAAUCUUAUUAGGCUAAAAAGAUCCAGUCAAUGAUGGUUUGAUGAGAUUAAAUUGCCUCAUUGCUUGCAUUAUGUGGGAUACGAGUAAGACUAUGAUUAAUAACUUGUAAGUGCAAACCUCUGUCUCAAGCUUGGUUAGCGUUAGUACAAAAAAUGUGGAUGUCCAAAUCUGCUUCAACCAUCAAAUGUAAUUAAUACUGAGUGUUGGUAAAAUCACCGGUUAUAAAUGUUUGAGGAACACUAUAGGGUCGGGAACACAAACUUGUAUUCCUGACCCUAGUAUUAACACUAUCUAGUACCAUCUGACCCCCUAAAUAUAAAAAAUUAAAAUCAUCUUGCCUUUAUUCAAGUCUUCUGGUGCUGGCUCUGCCCCUGAUCUGGCUCCUUGGCUGACAUCAUCAGAAGUGGUGAUCUCGGCCAAUCACAAUGCAUUCCCACUGAUCUCAUCCAAGUAGGUGGGCUAGGGGCAGAGCUAAAUGCUGCCCUGGCCAAUCAGCAUCUCCUCAUAUAGAUGCAUUGAAUCAAUGCAUUUUUGAGGAAGGUUUUUCCAUCUGAAAAGUGGCCACUGGAGGUAUACCUAGGCUGUAAGGUAAACCCUGCCUUUUCUCUGAAAAGACCGUGUUUACUGCAAAAAGUCUGCUUUGACAUGCUAUACUCACCAGAACAACUACAUUAAGCUGUAGUUGUUCUGGUGACUAUAGUGUCCAUUUAAAUCAAACAUACUGCAUGGACGUCCAUGUUACCACAACCCCAGGCAUAUUUUAUUUGAUAUCUUUAAAAGUGUGCGUAUCCAAAGUUGUGCACACAUUUCUUGAAGCCGCUUUAUUUCUACUUCACUCUGCUGCUCUGAAUGUAUAAGAUGAAUUGUACAUUUGUGCCUUUUCAACGACUGCUAGAUGUGCAGAUUAAGUAUUCAUUUUUAUUUUUAAUUAACCUUUUUUUUUUUUUUUUAUAAAUUGCUAUAUAUUUUAAUUUUUUUGUAUUUCGAGUAAUCAGUGGAACAUUUACAAACAAAUUUAUAUACAGAACAUUGACUUUAAAAAGAAAUAUUAGACUUGUGCACAGUGGGAUUGUUCGGUUCUUUCACACACAAUUUCCUGGAAAAAUAAGAAAGAAAAAAAAAAUAUAUAUAUAAGAUGUCAACGUUUCAGCUCCCGAUCGGAGCUUUCAUCAGGACACAAUAAAAGAUACAUAAAAUGAGAGCGAGAUAGAGAGAUAUAGAUAUAGAUAUAGAUAUAGAUAUAGAUAUAGAGAUAGAGAUAGAGAUAGAUAUAGAGAUAGAGAUAGAGAUAGAGAUAGAGAUAGAGAUAGAGAUAGAGAUAGAUAGAUAUAUAGAUAGAGAUAGAUAUAUAGAUAGAGAUAGAUAUAUAGAUAGAGAUAGAUAUAUAGAUAGAGAUAGAUAGAUAGAGAUAGAUAUAUAGAUAUAGAUAGAUAUAUAGAUAGAGAUAGAUAGAGAUAGAUAGAUAUAUAUAUAUAUAUAUAUAUAUAUAUAUUAUACACACUAACCAAUGGUCACUCACCUAAUCAGCUGUGGUCUAUCAACCCUGAUAUCUAACGUAUACUCAUUGCUCGUCCGCACGUCUGACUUCCAUGACGCUCCUCCCGCAUUAGGGAACGGCCUUUGCCAAUCGCCUGUAACGGCUACGUCACAGUUCCAAGGUAGCCAAUCCUCGGCCGCCCCUGUGGUUAUGGAAGCCGCAAGGAGACAGACUCCUAUUACUGUGAUUGGCCCGCCCUUUCCGUGAUGCGGGUUUGUUUUACGCUGUCAUGGCAACAAAUUCAGACCGGACCUAUGGGGAUAUUGAAAUGGGUCCAUACUAUGUAUGGCUCAUUUCAUAGUUAACCCUGUAUAUUAUUUCUGAUACAUUAAGGAUAAAGCCUUCAAAAUUCUAAGGGGUGAAAGGGAAAUACAGACAUAUUUUCUUGGGUAUUGAAUUUUAUAUUCUAGUGCUAGAUAAUAAAUUUGAUUCUGUGAUACUCCAAGUAUUUGACCAUUACUUGUGCUUAUACUUUACAAAUGGAUAAAGUGUAAAUAUAACAAUCUCUAAAAAAUAUAAUACUAAAUGUCAAGUAAUAUGUGUAUGAGUGAAUAACAUGUAGAAAGACUAUAUUUUCUAGAUAAAAUUAUGUGAAACUGGAUCAUAAAGGAGGACACUAAGAGAUACAAAAUUUAAAGGAAAACCAUAAGAACAAUACAGAGUUCCUGAUUUUAAAUGCUGUAGGUGAAGUGAACCAGAGGUUAUAUACAAUAAUAGAACACGUUAAAAAAAAAAAACAACCUUUUUUACGGUCAUUAGACUAGGAAUUUAAAUUAUUUAUAUGCAUAAUUAUCAGACUUAUAGGAAAGAAAGAAAUGAACAUUUCUCAUUCCAGCCUCUAGGAGACAAAGUGUUAAGUUCCAGUAUCCAAAAAGUCUCUCUCUGUAGGAGGAAUUUCCCCCUAUUGCCCCCUCUCACUGCCACCGGAACAUGGUCCAUGGCCACACACCUCAAAGAAGAGAGUUGGUGUUGUUUCUCCAGGAAAUAUCUAGCCACAGGUUUAUCCGACUUGCCAUCCCGAUAGGCCAGGCGGAUACUUGACCUGUGGCCCCUAAUUCUCUCGCACAGUGCUGUUUCUGUUUUGCCUAUAUAACUCAAUCCACAAGGGCAUGUGAGUUUAUAUAUGACAAACUCUGUGCGGCAAUGUAUCCUAUGGGCAAUCUUGUACACCUUGCCCGUAUGGGGGUGGGAAAAGGUCUUGGAAGGAAUUAUGUGACCACAGGUUACACACCCUAAACAUCUGACACAGCCAGUAUUUUUGUUUUCUGUUAUUGAUGGUAUAUAACAAUGGACAGGGUCUGUUUUUACCAGUAAGUCCCAUAGGUAUUUGUUCCUUUUGUAACAGAAUAUCGGUUUUGAUGUUAGUUCUUUAGGAAGUGUCGGAUCCUGUUUUAAUAUAUUCCAGUUUCGAGUGACUGACUCCGUUAUUUGCUUAGUUGCUGAAUUUAAUCUCAUUGGGAAUACCAUUCUUGUUUCCAAUGUUUUCCGAGAUAUUGUCUCUUUAUUAUUAUAUUGCUCUUUUGCUCUGAGCAAAGCAUUUUCCAAUACCAGUCGUUUAUAUCCCCUCUUCAUAAACUUUUAAUACACGGUCUUCAAUUGUUCCUCGCACUGAUCUUCCUGGGAGUUGUUACGGUAUACCCUUAAAAACUGUGAUACGGGCAGCGAGUUCUUCAGAUGUUGUGGGUGAAAACUUUCGAAGUGUAAAAUCGUAUUCCGAUCGGUAGGUUUGGUGUAGAGACUAUACUCAAGUUUCUGGUUUCUAACGGUCAAUUCGACAUCAAGAAAUUGGAUACUUUUGGUGUCGAUUUUAGAGGUUAAUUUAAUUAGGGUGGGCAACUCAUUGAUCUGUUUAAUGAGUGCCUCAGCCUCUUCUUUUGUUCCUCUCCACAAUAUCAGGAUGUCAUCUAUGAAUCGAUAAUAUUUAAUGAUCUGAUCUUGAUAUGGUGUCAAAAUAUAUUGCUGUUCAAACUCAAACAUAAAAGUGUUGCCGUACAUUGGGGCCAUAGCUGCCCCCAUGGAUGUACCGGAGACUUGCAUAAACCACUUGGUUUCGAAACGAAAAUAAUUGUUUCGUAAGGCUAAUUAUAAUAACUCCAUAGUAUACUCAAUUGGUGGUCCACGAUAAUGUACGGAGGUAGAAAGUAGUUUCCUCAUCGCUUCAAUACCCUCUUCGUGUGGUAUAACCGUAUAUAAACUGUUUACGUCCAUAGUGAUAAGUAGCCCAUUAAAUUCCUUGAUUUGUUCAAAGUCACGUAGGAGGCUAUUAGUAUCCUUAACACACGUUGGUAUAGCCGUGACUGGUUGUUUAAACAAAUAAUCCAAGUACUUAGCUAUAUGUUCUAAAAUGCCCUCUAUUGGGAGUCAUUUAGGCUUUUAUGGGGCGGCCGAGGAUUGGCACAGGGGCGGCCGAGGAUUGGCUACCUUGGAACUGUGACGUAGGCGUUACAGGCGAUUGGCAAAGGCCGUUCCCUAAUGCGGGAGGAGCGUCAUGGAAGUCAGACGUGCGGACGAGCGAUGAGUAUACGUUAGAUAUCAGGGUUGAUAGACCACAGCUGAUUAGGUGAGUGACCAUUGGUUAGUAUUAUAUAUUUGUCAUUUUAUGUAUAUCUUUUGUGGUGUCCUGAUGAAAGCUCCGAUCGGGAGCUGAAACGUUGACAUCUUUUGGAUCAACUGAGAAUUAAAACUGAUGAACUAAUCCUAUUUUUUCAUAUUUUAUACUGUUUGGACUUGGCACCAGGUAUUCAAUAUAUUUAAAGUUGGAGUGCAAGAGGUCUUCUAUUUGUUUGAGAUAUAUAUAUAUAUAUAUAUAUAUAUAUAUAUAUAUAUAUAUAUAUCUCUAUCUAUAUCUAUAUCUAUCUCUAUGUAUAGAUAGAGAGAUAGAUAUAUAUAUUAUAAUCUCCAUCUCUUUGAGGUUUUCUCACCUAUUGUGUGCUGGAUAUUUUUCGUUUUGGAUUAUACAAUGAGCUGAGAAUCAGUGAGACACUGCAAGUUCUAUAACCAUUUGUAGUAGCUUAAAAUUUUAGAAACUUUAUCUUUUUUUUUUUUUUUUUGCUUUAAUCUCAGGAAGCUGAAGAACCAGUAAUUGAAUGCCAGGAGUUUGAGAAUGACUUAUCACCGUCCAGAACUGUUGCCUCUUCUCUUACCUCUGGGGAUCUUGCAGACAUUAGCUCAUUUUCAUCAAAAACCUCAAGCCUUCAACGCACAUCUAGUGGGGCAAGUAGUGGCCUCUCGGCAGCACAAAGCAUUAGUGGAAGCAGCUCAGAACGUGCUAGAACCUCUGCUUGGCAGAAAGGGAAAACCGGACAGCUGGAACCUAAAGAGUUUGCCAUUCCAAGUGCACGUGGGGCAGCAGGAAAACUGAGGUACUUUUGGAAGAACCAUUUUUAUAUUAAGACAUCUUGGGGGAAGUUAGAGUCCAAAUAUAUAUAUAAACCACUUUUAAAAGAUUAUACACAAGACUGCACAUUUAAUAUGCUGAAAGAGCAUCUAGGAGUUUUAUCUAAUGAAAUUUUGGAAGCCUACUGUAUGUAUCAGAUACCCUUAACUGUAGUGAAUCUACCAUAGACAGGAACACAGUAGUGGGCCCACUUAAUGAAGUCAGACAUAUGUGAAGCUAGAAGCAGGACAGUGUAGGCGUUAAGCCCAAGAUGCUUGUAGAGCCUUAAGAUAAACUCUCUUCAUUUUUUCCAGUCCUAGGAAAGUGCCCAGCCAGCCAGGGUCUCCACACCGGACAGGAGGACACACUGGUUUGCCAGUGAGUGAAGAUGAUGCAGAUGCAUCGCUUGGCAACAGACCAGGGGCCAAAGCGCCCCUUACACCCCGUGGAAGAGGGAGGAGGGGUCGCCCUCCUUCUCGUGGAGCUGGUUCAAGGUAUCCAUAGUGAGACAGUUUGGGUCUUCUCAGGGAAUUAUUGGUGAUAUUAGGAAGAAUAUAUCUUACGAACUCUUGGUGUUGGCAGUCAUUUCAAAUUGAUUUACUACAGCCUUGAGGGACAACUCUACAUAUUCAGGGAAGGGGACCACAUAAUUUAAUAUAUCAUAUAAAAUCAUUCUACUUCAUUCUUGAUGUCAGGCAUUUAUGAAUCAAUUUCGUGCUUUGUUUUAAAAUAUAGAUGCCAAGACUGGGUGAAAUUAUCCCUGCUUGCAUACCAUUUUAUUAUUUUCUUUAUUGAUGAAUUUGUUCUUUUGUGUAGCACCCUUAUUUUCUUUCUUCUGUAAAACAUACAUUUCCAGGUUUCAGUUUCUCCUGCCAGCAUUAAUAUAUGGUGGUGACAAUAUCAUUUAUUCAUAAUGCUGAUUGUCUCUCAUUCAUGGUUGCUUACCAUGUGUGUCCUUGGCUGUCCUCACAUGCAGGCUCUAUGCCUCCCUGCAGCUCAGCUCACAUUGCUUUCAGUGGCUGAGUUUGGUACAUACGCAGAUGUAAAGGCCAGCCCAGGAACAAAGUAAUUGAAAUUGGGGAGAUGGGCCUGGGGAGGCCAAGUUAUGUUGCAGAAAGCAGUUAGAGGAACACUCCGGGCACCUUAACAACUUCCUUGGAAAUACGUUUAGACAGUGCUUUGAACCUCCUGGCGUUUUCUUAACUUUAGGGGUUAAACCAUUCACAAACCUCAAGUUGGCUCUCCAGCGCUGUUACUCCCUGUAACUGUCCACAUCUACUUUCUCUAAUCCUAAUUCAGGAAGCACAGCUUGCCACCAGGCAAUGGUGCUGCUGAUUGGCUUAGAGCGUCAGCUGACCAUUCAAAGCCAAUCAGUAACUCCAAAUUUUUUCAUGAAUUGGUAGCUACUGUUUGGUUUGGGGAGUUAGCUGACCGCUGUAAGCCAAUCACUGGUUACCCCUUCCUGGCAGAAGGCGAGCUUCCUGAAACAGAAUUGGAGAAAAAGGAUGUUUAUGGUUACAGGAGGAAUGGCACUGGAGACAACUUGGUUAAACUGAUUUGUGAACGAUUUGAUCCCUAAAGGUAAGGUGUCAUUGGCCUCCUAGCAAUUUAAUUUCGAUAAAGUUGUUAUGGUGCCCGAUGUGUUCCUUUAAAUCUCCGGGAAGGACUUGGAAAAUGUAGAAUUUAAGGAAAAAAACACUUAAAAUGUUUUUUUAUUUUUUUUAAAACAUGGCUAUGUAAAGUAAUAGUAAGCUAUUAAUGAGAUGUUUUUUGUUGUUGUUUUUGAUGAAAAUAAUUUAAGUUGUUAGGGACGUGUUCCAACUUUUUGUCUAAAAUGUAAGUCUUAUAUAAAUACAGUUCUUCUUGUUUAAGGAUCAGUCUGUCCUCAAUCCAUGAAGAAUGAGCGAGCAGGGGAGUGCUAAUAAUCAUCUUUUAGUAAUCUGUUUGAUAAACUCUAUAUUCAAAUAAGUUAAAAUCUGUCAAGAAAGUGAGAAUACAAAGUGAAUUUAAAAUUUAAGAUCAAUCUAGCUGAACUGAAGUAAUUCUUUUAAAGGAACACUAUAGGCACCCAGACCACUUCAACUCAUUGAAGUCAUUGAAGUGGUCUGGGUGCAGUGUCCCAUUCCCACUUAGUCCUGCAUUGUCCUGCAGUCAGCCACUAGAGGCACUUCCUGGUGGCUGAUGCUAGACAUAUAGUGUGAGGGAUACAACUUUGAGUCAGUUAUACUUUCAGUUUUUCUAUCUGGUAUUAAAUUUGAAAUUCACUUUCAACUUUCACUUUACUAAAUUAUUGUAGCUGAUCAGGAAAAAUUCUUCAACUUGUCAAUAGUAAUUUUACUUUAAGUGUAAAGCUGUACUGCGGUUCCUUCUCUUAUCGAUAAUAUAUGGCAUUCAAUAACAGAUGAAAUGUGCAUAUCUUUGUGUAUGUGAUAGUUAAUUGCCUUUCCAGAGAAACGUCUGUCCACGCACAUGGAAAUCCUGAAGAUCUCACUGCAGCCGCAGUUCCAGAUGAAGAAUUGUUUACGCGCAUUAAUGUUCGCCACCCAGAAGUCACUGAUAAAUCUGAUUCUAUAACAUCCAUAAUGCGCCGUAGCGAUUCACCAGAAAUUCCAUACCAGACACCAUCAACCAAGAGUGACAGUUUGGACUCUUCAUCAGGCAGCAGUUUUGUGGGGCUACGAGUUGUAGCCAAAUGGUCUUCUAAUGGCUACUUUUAUUCUGGUAAAAUAACUCGAGACGUCGGAGGAGGGAAAUAUAAGUUGCUGUUCGAUGAUGGGUAUGAGUGCGAUGUUCUAGGGAAAGACAUUUUGCUAUGCGACCCAAUCCCCCUGGACACUGAGGUUACCGCUCUGUCUGAAGAUGAAUAUUUUAGCGCAGGUACGUGCUAUAUGAAAGGGUUCUCUAUCAAGGUUUGGGGAAGUGGUUGGUAUAAGAAGCAUCCAAGCUUACCAAAAUCUAAGAUUGGAAAUGUCUCUGGAAAUCCACAUCUGUCAGUCAUUGUUAUAAGAUCUAUUUAUUAUUUUUUUAUCCUAGUGGUGAUUGGAGGUGGCUUAUGACUUGAGGGCACUCCUAAAAAUAAUUUAUUUUGAGAUGAACUCAUUGAUCCUCUUGAAUGUCUGUAGAGAUUUUAGACGGCUUAAACAUAUAAUUUGUGAUUUUAGAUAGCUCGCAAUAUUUAAAAAUUUUUUUACAUUAACACAAAUUGAAUUUAAAUGCUUAAGAUUUAUUUUUAAUUUUUUCCCCCCCGGAUUAGGCCUUUUAACAUCUGGCGUAAGAGACAUUGUAAUUUAUAAAUCCAUUUAUAAAUUACAUUUAUAAAUCCCCUCUUAAAAAUGUCAAAGUAGAAUUAUUAGUAGUUACCUAGACACCGAUUAUAUAUGACAUAUAGUGUAAUAAAAUUAAAAAAGUUGCUUAGUUGUGACUAGGAUCAUAUUGUGUGGCUGAAAAUGUAGUCACGUGUUUUUAUACUUCAGUAAAGAAUUGAAGUUCCAACAAGAAAAGUUGAGCAGUCACCAUGGAAACAUUGUUACAAGCUCAGCGUCAAUGUUGCUUACUCACCACUUAAACUGUGAGGGUCAAUCACUAAAGUGAGCAUGCAAAACGAAUUUCAAAUUUAACAUAAAAUAGUUCAACUGUAAAAAUGAUCUGUCCGCUAUGCUUACAGUUUGGCUACUUUGUACUUCAAUUUUAAAUACUCUUUAAAUUCUCUCGAAGUUUCACUUUAUUGAAUAACCCUGUGUGUUAUUACUGUGACUUGGUAAUAAAUAAUGGGUUGUCUCUGUGACUACUGUGGUUAUACAAUAUCCCAUUUGUGUUUUCCAAUGUUCAUUGGGAAGUACUUUUUUCAUUAUAGUGUUAAAUUCCUUUUCCCGUUUCCACCAUAAAUGUGAUUAUGCACUGCAAACCAAAUUUUGAGAUUUCAACCUAUAGUUAUUACUGUCAUACUAUAUCAAUUGCUCUGUGUAUUUAUAUGUGUGGAUAUUUCAGCACCAUAAUGGCAAUAUCUGUAGCACCUACAGUUGUCUUAUCUUCCAGGGGUGGUAAAGGCUCACAAAAGAGAUUCAGGAGAGCUUUAUUACUGCAUCGAGAAAGAAGGACAAAGGAAGUGGUACAAAAGGAUGGCAGUUAUUUUGUCCCUUGAGCAAGGAAAUCGUCUAAGAGAGCAAUUUGGUCUUGGUCCAUAUGAACCUUCAACUCCACUCACCAAGGCAUCAGACAUCAGUCUAGGUAACAAAUUGCUGGAACAAGUGCAUUAA